AUGGCGAGCCAACGGCAGCUGGCCAGCUGGCAGACGAUGAGGCAUGCCGAGCUGAGUCCUGGUCGAUUCAAUCAUCAUUCUCGUCAUUUCGCUGUCAGGGUAUCAUUAUGGGAUCAGGCAGGAAAAUUGGCUCCCUGGUAUACAGGAUGUAGUUAUUUCAAAAAGACGGAAUACUAG